AAGGCGGCAGCGAGCACAGGAAAUGUCACCGAAGGGCGGCCGAGGGAAGGCCAAGGGCGAGAAGAAGAAGAAAGAUGAGAAAAGCAAGCAAACAAAAAAUUCCCUGCGGCUUAUUAUUAUUCUUUUUAAUUUUAAUAGAUACGCGCUUCAUGGUAUUAGAUUUGGUUGGCAGAUUGCUAACUUUUUGUCUUGUUGCAUUUCUAGUUCUCCCUGUGGCCAUGGACAUCUCCAUAAAUCUCCCUGAUGACUCCAAUGUCAUUCUAAAGGGGAUAUCGACGGACAGGAUAAUAGAUGUACGGCGCCUGCUUUGUGCGAACACCGUCACCUGUGCCAUCACGAGCUUCUCUCUGUGUCACGAGGUCCGAGGGCCGAGAUUAAAGGACUCCGUGGACGUGGCCGCUUUAAAGCCGUGCACUCUUACCCUGGUCGAAGAGGACUACGAUGAGGAGAGUGCCGUCGCGCACGUGAGGAGGCUUCUUGACAUCGUCGCCUGCACCUCCUGCUUCGGCCCCUCGCCCGCCAAGGACUCCGCCGGCAAGGAUGCCAAGGACUCCGCCGGCAAGGAUGCCAAGCGGAGCGCCGCCGGAGCCGGUGGUGUCGCGUCUCACAAGACGUCUCCGCCGCCCAAGGAGGCGCCGGCGGACGUCGAGGCGGAGAUGAACGGCGCGUGCCCCAGGCUCGGGGCCUUCUACGAGUUCUUCUCUCUCUCCCAUCUGACCCCUCCUGUCCAGUUUAUAAGGCGAACGGAGAAACCUCGGCAAGAAGAAUCUCCCUCUGAUGACCAUCUCUUCUUCCUUGAAGCGAAGCUUUGCAAUGGGAAACUGGUGGUCGUGGAGGCUCGCGCCAAGGGGUUCUACAGCCUGGGAAAGCAGCGGGUGCUUUGUCAUGAUCUCGUCGAUCUGCUGAGACAACUCAGCAGAGCUUUCGAUAAUGCUUAUGAAGAUCUCAUGAAAGCUUUCUCGGAACGUAAUAAGUUUGGAAAUCUUCCUUAUGGAUUUCGUGCAAACACAUGGCUUGUUCCUCCAAUUGCUGCUCAGUCACCAUCAUCGUUUCCUUCCCUUCCAGUAGAGGAUGAAACAUGGGGAGGCAAUGGGGGUGGUUGGGGAAGAGAUGGCAAAAGUGAUAUGUUGCCUUGGGCUAAUGAGUUUCUGUUUCUCACAACUAUGCCUUGCAAAACAGCAGAGGAGAGGCAAAUCCGUGACAGGAGAGCUUUCCUGCUGCACAGCUUAUUUGUAGAUGUUGCAGUCUUCAGAGCCAUUGCAGCUGUACAACAUGUUAUGGGGAGAAAACAUGUUAUACCUUUGGCAGAGGCAGAUGGAGUUUUGCACUUUGAGACAGUGGGGGAUUUUAGCAUCACUGUCACUAAGGAUGCUUCAGAUGCGAGCUGCAAGGUGGAUACUAAGAUUGAUGGGAGUAAAACAACAGGGAUGGACUUUCAACAUCUUGCUGAGAGAAACCUGCUUAAAGGAAUCACAGCAGAUGAAAAUACAGCGGCCCAUGAUAUUACUACAUUAGGUGUUGUCGAUGUGAGAUACUGUGGUUACAUUGCAGUCGUGAAAGUCAAUCAUCAGGAGAAAAGCAAAGCCAAUUUUCCUUUGCAAUCUGUUGAUAUCACAGAUCAACCUGAAGGGGGAGCUCAUGCUUUGAACAUCAACAGUUUAAGAAUGCUACUUCACAAAAACCGUACAUCGGGAGAGAAGAGAAUGUUGAAUCAGUCACAAAGUUUAAAGCAAGAAGAACUCACUGCAGCACAAGCUUUUGUAGAGAAAUUGUUGGAGGAGAGUCUAGUAAAACUUGAGGAAGAGAAAGCUAGCCCCAAUAUUUUCAUGAGAUGGGAACUUGGAGCCUGCUGGAUACAGCAUUUGCAGGAUCAGAACAAUGCAGAGAAAGAGAAGAAACAGACUGGUGAAAAAGAUAAGAAGCAAAAUGGUGCAAAGGCUAAAAGUGAGACAAGAGUUGAAGGCCUUGGGAAGCCUCUUAAGAUUCUUAAGAAUCUGAAGAAGAAAGCAGAUUCAAGUGAACAAGGAUCUUCAUCUCUUGACAAAAAAUCAUCUAGUGAAUUAGUUGGUGGGGAAAGCCAAAAUGCCAAUUUGCCUUUUGUGGAACCUCAGGGAGAUGGCAAAGCAAGUGAGAAUGGAUGCACACUUAAAGAUCUGUUACCUGAUCCUGCAUUUACACGUCUGAAGGAAUCGGAAACAGGACUUCAUCUGAAGUCUCUGCAGGAAUUAACUGAGAUGGCUCUGAAAUAUUAUGAUGAAGUUGCUAUUCCAAAGUUGGUUGCAGAUUUUGGCUCAUUGGAACUUUCACCUGUUGAUGGUAGGACUCUGACUGAUUUCAUGCAUACUAGAGGUCUACGAAUGCGCUCUCUAGGGCAAGUUGUCAAGCUUUCGGAGAAGCUGUCACAUGUGCAGUCCCUCUGUAUCCAUGAGAUGAUAGUAAGAGCUUUCAAGCAUAUUCUCCGAGCUGUGAUUGCUGCUGUUUCUGAUAGUGGAGAGUUGGCUAUAUCAAUUGCUGCGGCACUGAAUUUACUCCUUGGUGUUCCUGAUUCCGGAGUUUCAAAUUGUGCUGCCAAUGUGCAUCCCCUUGUGUGGAGAUGGCUUGUAGCAUUUCUGAAAAAGAGAUACGAAUGGGAACUUACAAUCACAAACUUCUGUGAAGUGAGAAAAUAUGCUAUUCUGAGAGGACUAUGUCAUAAGGUGGGUAUUGAACUGGCACCCAGAGAUUUUGAUAUGGAUUAUGCAUUUCCCUUUCACAAAUUGGAUAUUAUCAGCAUCGUGCCUGUGCAUAAGGUAGAAAACAUAAAUUUUGUUAUGAUUUUGGAUCUGUUAUUUGAAGCCAAUUAUACUGUAAAUAUGAACCACAGCAUGCUGCUUUUGGAUGUUUUGCAGCAAGUUGCAUGCUCAUCUGCAGAUGGACGGCAACUUUUGGAAUCUUCAAAAACAGCUCUUGACAAGGGCAAACUUGAAGAUGCAGUCAACUAUGGCACAAAGGCUCUAGCAAAGCUGAUAACAGUGUGUGGUCCUUACCAUCGGAUGACUGCUGGAGCCUAUAGCCUUUUAGCUGUUGUCCUCUACCACACUGGAGACUUCAAUCAGGCAACAAUUUAUCAGCAAAAGGCAUUAGACAUAAAUGAGAGGGAACUUGGGCUGGAUCAUCCAGAUACAAUGAAGAGUUAUGGGGACCUAGCUGUGUUCUAUUACAGACUUCAACACACAGAAUUAGCUCUAAAGUAUGUGAAGCGCGCAUUAUAUCUUUUACAUCUUACUUGUGGACCAUCUCAUCCAAACACAGCUGCAACAUAUAUCAACGUGGCCAUGAUGGAGGAAGGUCUAGGAAAUGUUCAUUUGGCACUUAGAUAUCUCCAUAAAGCUUUAAAAUGCAACCAGAGAUUACUUGGCCCUGAUCACAUUCAGACUGCUGCUAGUUACCAUGCCAUAGCAAUAGCACUCUCCUUGAUGGAAGCUUAUCCUUUGAGUGUUCAACAUGAACAAACUACCUUGCAAAUUCUUCGAGCAAAGCUUGGUCCUGAUGACUUGCGAACCCAGGAUGCUGCUGCAUGGCUUGAAUACUUUGAGUCAAAGGCAAUUGAGCAGCAAGAAGCUGCUCGCAAUGGUACUCGGAAGCCUGAUGCAACGAUCGCCAGCAAAGGCCACCUAAGUGUGUCUGAUCUCCUUGAUUACAUAAAUCCCAACCAAGAUACCAGAGGAAGAGAUAGUGAGUCAGCAAGGAGGAGAAACCUCGGUUUAAAGGUCAAAGGACGAUCUGCUCAAAAUGUGAAUGUAGCAAGUUCUGAUUUAUCUUUCAAUGACUAUAAUACAACUUCAGAUGAAGAAAAGAAAGUCAAUGAACACAGUUAUAGCCAAGAUAAUACCCAAAUGAGCAGUCAGCAUGUUGAGCCUAAGCAUGAAGAGGCUGAUGUUAAGGAGCACCUAGCAAUUUCCCAACAGCCUAAAGGACUAACUCAGGCAAAUUUCACUUUUGUUAAUGAGGUCUUGGCAGAGGUAAACACAGAAGCAGAAGAUGGCUGGCAACAUGUUCAAAGGCCAAGGUCAGCUGGUGGUUCUGGGCAGCGAAUUAAGAAUCAACGGGCAAAUAUUGGAAAGGCCUACAAUUAUCAGAUGAAUGAAGUUCCCACUGAAGCUGCUUGGACUAAGCCAAGGUUUACUUAUCCAAAUGGUCGUUAUUACCUACUAAAGAAACGGACUGUAGUACCUGGAAGCUACACAGAUCAUCAUCAUAUGAAAGUUCAGUCACCUGGAAACAAAAGUGGUCGGAAAAAAAUCAGGACUGUGGUGUACAAGGUCAAGUCAGUGCCUUCAUCUGAUAAGACCAAAACAGCAGAUAACUCUAGGAGUGCUGGUGAGAAAAUGAUCACUCCAUUAGAACCUGAGGCAACACAUUCACCUAUGGAUAAUUUUGUACUGAAAGACCAAAGGAAUGCUAUAGGUGAAGUUACUGAAUCACACAAUAAUUUAAUUGUCAGUAUUGGAAAUUCACCAUCGUACAAAGAUGUAGCACUAGCGCCUCCUGGAACAAUUGCUAAGACUCAGAUCCAAAAGUCCAAAGAUGAUAUCCCACUGAACCGAGAACAAUUGAGCGGUAAAAUUGGAACUGAGUCAAAGGAAUCGUUAGCGUCCGAGAAUCAUGCUCAGAAUUCAGCUGCUCUGGCAGAGACAGAUGAUUCAAAGCAAGAAGAGAGCUGUGUUCAGGACAUUUGUUUGCACUCACAUAAGGAAAUAGAAGCUGUUGAAAAGGAAGAAGAAAGCCAGAAAACGGGUGAAGAAGAAGGUCUAUCCAAAUUGUUAUCUCCAAAUACAGAAGUGGCUUCAGCUGGCAGCGUGCCCACCGAGUGUAAUUUGGAUAAUUAUGCUUUUGGUAAUGAGGUUCAAGAAGUGCAACAAAGUAAAAACUUUGAUGAUAAAAAAUCUACAGAUACACCUAGCAACUUCGAAACUGAGUGUUCAAUUUCUGAUGAACCUGUAGGAGAAUGUCUUGAUGAAGUUUCAUCUGGCAGCAUUGAGCCCCAAAAUAAUGCAUGCUCUAGCGAUCAUCAAGAAGAUCAGGAAAAGGUUGACAACCCUGAUAAAACUGGUGGCAAGGAUCCAAGGACAAAUUUGUCAUUGAACACCAUUGAUGUUAGAGAUAUCCCUAUAAAGAAGUUGUCUGCCUCUGCUGCGCCAUUUAGUCCAUCUUCGCCGGUUGUGCUUAGUCCUGUGGCUGUAAGUGUUGGCCUUCCCCCCAGUGGUUCUAUUCCUGCAGUCACACCAUGGCCUAUGAAUGCCACUCUUCACCAUGGGCCUGCAGCUGUCAUGCCAACAGCGUCUCCUAUAUGCACCUCUCCUCACCACCCCUAUCCAUCUUCCCCUCGACCUCCAAACAUUAUACAUCCUCUGCCAUUAUUUUAUGCACCAUAUUCCCAGCCUCAAGCAGUACCAAACAGCACAUUUUCCAUGAAUAGCAACAUGUUUCACCCAAACCCUUACGCAUGGCAACACAAUAUGUCUCCAAAUGCUUCUGAGUUUGUGCCAGGACCAGUAUGGCCAAGCUGUCAUCCAGUGGAUUUCUCUGUCAUGCCACCUGUUGUCAACCCAAUUUCUGAAUCCAUGAUUGUGCCAAAUGUGCAGUCUGACAUCACUAGGGUAAGCUUAGCCCAUCCAUCAGAGAGUAGUGUUGGAGAAGCACUUGAAAAACAAGAGGGUACUGAGGUUUCGAGUGAGAUUUCAGAGGUCAAUGGUAACACAGUGGCUGAGAACUGGUCAGAAAACAAGCAGGAAGAUGGAGAAUCUGAUGGAAAUGAAGCAAAGAAAAUUGAAUUGAAACCUGAAAUUGCUUUCGCAGAAAGCAGACAUACUAGUAACAAAAGACCCAACUUGAGAAACAGUACAAAGUAUGAGGGUGAGGGGAGCCUCAGCAUAUACAUAAAGGGUAGGAGUCGUCAGAAACACACUCUUAGAAUGCCUAUGAGUUUGCUUAGUAGGCCAUAUGGAUCACAGUCAUUCAAAGUUACUUCUAACAGAGUAGUUAGAGGAAGUGAUGUUUCAAGACCUGCCGGUCUGUCUUCCAGUGAAGAUGUGGUAACCAGCAAGCAGUAAGCAAGAUAUGUUGAUGAGAUUCAGCUAGCGGCAAGGGCAAAUUUUAAGUGAGGAUUCUAAUUUUACAGCCAGGAGGACUUGACAAUCAAUAUCUGGCAUUAUCAGUCUUCAGUUUUGCUGCUGUUUUUUGGCAUGUGUAUCUUUUGCACAGUAAGUCAGCUAUACUCAUUUCUGACUGAGCUUUCAGAAAAAAACAGGGAUGAGUCUCCUACGCUAUCAAAGCUAGGUGGUCAUCUCUAAUCUAGUGUCUGCAUAAUGUUAAUGAGCCAUGAAAAUGUAGUUUAAAUGAGGUGAAUCCAAGCCCAUUUUUGAGGAGACUCAUCUGUGCUUACUGUAAUCUUCUGGAGUACUUAAUCCUGCAAUGGUGUUUGUGGCUCCAAAAUAUUCAAGUUGCAUCUGUAGUACUUUCCAUUCUUCCUUUAGAUGCCUCUGGCUCAACCUUUUGCCAUUACCAUAAAAUUGCUGGCUCCAUGAUUGAAUCUUAGAGCAAGUUUAUGAAGCAAUACCUUCACAAGUAAUAUACCUCUGUUGUUUUGGGUACAUCAUCUCCCACCCUGAGCCUGGUCUUCACACUCAGAUUAAAUCAUUCCUUUUAUAUGAUCGAGUUCACUAUUCAUGCUAUAUAACUGCAAUCCACCUUGGCUCUGCCUUCACCACUAUAUAUGAAAUAUCAUUACUGCUCUGGCCUUAAUUUUUGGUAUUACUCAUUUAUUCACGUCACCCUCAGUUUUGCACCAAGUAUUAGGAUCUUUACAUGAGCAACCCUUGUCUCUGCUAUCAUGACCUUGACCUAGCUUGAGGGUAUCUAUUUUGACCGCAAUCUCAAUUUUUUUAACACACCAUGGCUGUUUCUAUUUUGCAUUAUAGUUUGAGAUAAUGAGAUGCAUGAAGCAAAUUCAGUAUUCCUUAAUGCAUUUUGAAUUGACUGGUGGCUUGUCACCUUUUAAGUGCUUCCUAGCAUGAUAUCUAUCUACCUCCUUUGCGAUUUUUGGUGCUCAUUGGUUUUUCAUGUACCUUGAGGCAUUCAUUGCCUUUCCACGUGUGCUGCUUUUGUAGAUCAAGUCUUGUCUCCUUGAGGCAUUCACGGCCUUGCUCCUUCAUGCCGGUCUACAUCAUGUCUAGUUGACUUCACCAUCUCAUAUGCUGUGCUUCUAUUUGCUUCUGUUAGCUAGAUUAUACUAACACUUGCCUUUGCCACAUUCCUCAUCAACUUGUUUUCUUAUAUGCUGACGCCACCAUUUUUAGCACUUCAACUUUUACCCUUACCGUAGCUUGAUUGGUCAUAUCUAUCUACUCAUUUUAGUCUCUAUGUGUUUCUUUCAUGGAUACUGUUUCAUCUUCAAUACUUUCCUAGUACCAUCUUAACUUGCCUGCUUCCCUUGCAAGACCAUUAUACCUUCACUUCCUUGACUUAUUAGCUACAUUUGUGCAGUCUAGCUCAUGGCCCCAUCUUUGGUGAAUGGAGAUGCAUCCAUAAGUAUGCAUGGGAUAACAAAUCUGCGUCUUAGUGUUAACCUUAGAAUAGAUAUAUGGUGCAAAUAAAUUUGGUAUGUUCCUUCAAAUUCAUCUUCAGAUAGAUUUUAUUACUUUAUAUGGGUUCUCAGUUUCCAAUAGACUCAAGAGCUUGGUAUUCUAAACCGUGCUGAACCGGCCGAUUCAGGGCGUACCGAAUCGGACCGGUUGGCUUCCAUCAUGGUUUAAUUAAAUGGUUCGGUAUAUAAAUAAUCCCAACCCACAACGCCUUUAGUUUUUUUUUUUCCGCUUCGAUUGUUGCGCCCUUCGAAGGGCUUCUGUCCCUGGUGCUCGACAAUGAUGCCGAACGAUGUCGUGCUGCCGCCGAGGUUCAAGUUGCUUUGUCGAGAUCCAGGGAUCUAAGAGAGCACCAGCAGUCGAGUUAACAGUUUUGGACAAAAUUUAUUAGAUUGUAUUCGUUGACCAUUUUCUCUGUUUCGUUGGAUAGACGGACGCAUGGGUCUUCUUUCUUUUCUUUUUUUGUUUUGAGGGAACUUUCUGCAAUUUUUGCUGCUGAACCAAAAAUAAUGCUAAAUGUUGAGAUCUUCUGAAUUCUAAUUUCCCUGCCAAUUGAAAUGCAAUAAUUAUCUGUUUUGGUCU